UUCUCUCUCCCUUCGUUCUCCUCUUCUUCAUCACUCUUGUUUUACGCGUGUGUGAUAUGUGAUGUGAUACACGGGCUGUAAUCAUCCCAAUGGCUCUCGUCGACCAUGGACGAUGAUUUUGUUUCGGGUUCUCCAUUCGCAUCACGGGAAUAUCGCUUCAACGUCGACGCAGUCCAUGAGCACAAGGGGUUUUUCGCUUCCUAUGACUGCUAAAGGAUAUUUCUGCAUGUCGAGAGACUGAAGAGACGCGGAGAACACCUUCAAUGCCGUUGGAAGAUGUCAUAUGUUCCCUUUCAAGAUGCGAGGUAUGCUGUCCCCCCCUCCUACCGACACCAGCCCUCCUUCGCUGCUGCUCCCUCCUGCGAGCAACCCGACUGGAAUCCUCGUCUGUGUGUGAUCAGUGGAAAUCAGCUCUACAUGUUGGACCAGGAGGAGGUUCACCCUUUGUUGAUGCGCGAGCAGCGCUCGGAGUCGCACAGGAACAAGCUGCUGCGACGGACGGUCAGUGUGCCUGUGGAGGGGAGGCACCAUCCUGAAAUGGACAACGCUCGGCUCCGGCGGAAGAGCAUCGCCACCGGGAAGCAGCCAAGCAUGGAGAUCCCACCCACUGCCCCCCCACAACCCUUCCGACAAUCUAGUUUCCUCAGUAGAAGACUGAAGGGGUCCAUUAAACGGGCCAAGAGUCAGCCCAAACUGGACCGAACCAGCAGCUUCCGCCACAUGAUCCUCCCUCGUUUCCGCAGCGCCGACCAAGAACGGACUCGUCUGAUGCAGAGCUUCAAAGAAUCACACUCCCAUGAGUCUUUGCUGUCUCCCAGCAGCGCAGCCGAGGCCUUGGAUUUGACACUUGAUGAAGAUGCGGUCAUCAAGCCUGUUCACUCCAGUAUACUGGGGCAGGAGUACUGCUUUGAGGUGAUAACUGCUUCAGGAACAAAGUGUUUUGCCUGUCGGUCGGCUGCGGAGCGAGACAAAUGGAUAGAGAAUCUGCAGAGAGCUGUCAAACCAAACAAAGACAACAGUCGACGCGUCGACAACGUUCUGAAGCUGUGGAUCAUCGAGGCCCGUGAACUCCCACCCAAAAAGCGCUAUUAUUGUGAACUGUGCUUGGAUGACAUGCUUUACGCCCGCACCACCAGCAAACCCCGAACCGAUACUGUCUUCUGGGGUGAGCACUUCGAGUUCAACAACCUGCCAGCUGUCCGCAACCUCCGCCUUCACCUUUACAAAGAGACAGACAAGAAAAGACGCAAGGAGAAGAGCACAUACCUGGGCUUGAUUAGCAUUCCCAUUUCCAGCAUCACUGGUCGUCAGUUUGUGGAGCAAUGGUACCCCGUCAUUCAGCCCAGCGUCCUGGCCAAGGGUGGCGGAGUUGGAGGGGGCAAAAUCAUCAACGCUUCCCUGCGGCUCAAGUCGCGCUUUCAGACCAUGAGCAUCCUGCCGAUGGAGCUGUAUAAAGAGUUCGCAGAGUAUGUGACCAACAACUACCGUACGCUGUGCGCCGUUCUGGAGCCGCUGCUGAGUGUCAAGAGCAAAGAGGAAGUGGCCUGUGCUCUGGUGCACAUCCUGCAGAGCACAGGGAAGGCCAAGGAUUUUCUUUCAGACAUGGCGAUGUGUGAGGUGGACCGAUUUAUCGAUCGAGAGCACCUGAUCUUCAGAGAGAACACCCUGGCCACCAAAGCCAUAGAAGAGUACCUCAAACUCAUCGGGCAUAAGUACCUCAAAGACGUUUUAGGUGAUUUUAUCCGUGCGCUGUAUGAGUCAGAGGAGAACUGUGAAGUCGACCCAAUGAGGACUCCGCCUUCUGUGCUGCCUGAACAUCAAGCCAACCUCCGGAUGUGCUGUGAGCUUGCACUCUGCAAAAUCGUCAACUCUCAUUGUGCGUUUCCAAGAGAAUUGAAAGAGGUGUUUGCAUCCUGGCGUGUUCGAUGCGCUGAGAGGGGAAGAGAAGACAUUGCAGAUCGACUGAUCAGUGGUUCCCUCUUCCUGCGCUUCCUGUGUCCAGCCGUCAUGUCGCCAUCCUUAUUCAACCUCACACAGGAGUACCCCGAUGAGCAGACUUCACGCACACUCACCCUCAUAGCCAAAGUUGUGCAGAACCUUGCAAACUUCUCAAAGUUUGGCAGUAAGGAGGAGUACAUGUCCUUUAUGAAUGAGUUUUUAGAGAUGGAGUGGGGCUCCAUGCAGCAGUUCCUGUACGAGAUCUCUAAUCUCGACAGCGUGAGCAACGCAGUUGCUUUUGAGGGCUACAUCGACUUGGGAAGGGAGCUCUCGAUCCUGCACAGUCUUUUGUGGGAGGUCAUGGCACAACUAAGCAAGGAUGCUAUCAUCAAACUCGGACCAUUGCCCCGCCUUCUAAAUGACAUCAGCAUGGCCCUUCGUAACCCUCACCUCCAGCGACAGCCCAGUCAUCAGACAGACAGACCGCCUCCAGAGAGACAGACAGACAGGCUGCUCUCCAGGCCCAGCUUCAACAGGGGCGUCUCGUCUGAGUUCCAGAACCUCAUGAUGAGGGACCUCAACAGUUCAGUCGAGAUCACUCGCCUGCCCUCUCCAACCUCUGCCAUGUCCAGUGGUGGCGCCCCUCCGUCCCGGGCCGGAAUGGGGGGGUUUGCAGACCGCGAUCAUCCUCACCAAGCCUCAUCUAAAGACGUUUUCUAUGUCGCCCGUCCCCCGUUGGCCCGCUCCAGUCCAGCGUACUGCACUAGCAGUUCUGAUAUUACUGAUCCAGACCCGAAGUCUAUGGGGGACAUGCUCAACUCUUCCCAGGCCUCGAUUGCUGGCCUCGGCAGCUACGGUGGGCUCGCGGGCUUGGGAGGAGGCCUCGGAGGUCAGCUGCGCGCCGGAGGGCGUAUGUCGGCCGGAUCCGGGGGUUCCAACAUGUCCGGAGGUCUGAGGUUGAGCCAGCUGAGCCAGAUGGGAACCACCACCGACUCGCUGUCCCAGCAGCAACAGCAGCAAGCCGCCGCACUCCGCUACCCCCUCUCCUUCCAGAAUCCUCUGUUCCACCUGGCUGCUGACGGGCCUCAGCUUCAUCACCAGCACAGUCGAGCUCAACCUCCUCCUCCUCUCCUGCUGGCCCCGGAGCCGGAUGCUUCUCACCCCUCUUACAUGCCGCAGUUCGCCCAUGGCGGUUUCUCCCGAAGCGAGGACCUCUCCACCCUCAGACCCGGCCCUCAUCUGGGUCAGCCGAGCAUCAUUCACUCCCACAGCUACAGCGACGACUACAGCCGCCAUAACCAGAGUGAAUACGGGCGACGCCAGAUCUCCAUGCACAUGCAGGAGCAGCAGCAGAUGGCAGGCAUGGCAUCACAGACCGGCACAUCUCAUUCAUCACUCGCCACGCCUCCUUCCACCGUUCAGCCUGUCCGUCAAAGCUCCAUGGCUCCUCCCACACCGCGCAUGAAAUCGCAACCCUCGCAUCAGCUUUCCGUGAGUUCUGCCGCCGCUGCCGCUCCUGCAGGCAAGACCAGGCCGCAGAGCGGAAGCCUGCUCCAGUCCCCGGAGUCCGGCUUCGGGGGCCGGCAGCAGGGCCCUCGGCAGCAGCUGUCCGUCAAAGACAGCACCCCGCCUGGCCUGCCGCAUCAGCAGAGCUCCACGAGAGAGAGCCAGGGAUCGCAGGGCUCUCAGGGCGGAACGCCGCAGUCCACACAGCAAUCCAAAUCACAUCAGGAACGACAGCAGAUCCAGCAACAGCAUCUGCUCAAGCCUACCAUGAGCAAACAGGGCUCUUCCCAAUCUCCAACCACUCUCAACCCCUCGACCCCUGCCUCUGAGCGAACGGUCGCCUGGGUGUCCAACAUGCCCCAUCUUUCUGCUGACAUAGAGAGCUCCCGCAUCGACCGAGAGGAAUACAAACUCAAGGAGUAUUCAAAGAGCAUGGACGAGUCGCGUCUGGACAGGGUGCGUGAAUACGAGGAGGAGAUCAACUCUCUGAAGGAGCGUCUGAUGAUGUCACACCGCAAGCUGGAGGAGUACGAGAGGAGGAUGUUAACUCAGGAGCAGCAGACCAAUAAAAUCCUGCUGCAGUAUCAGAGCCGACUGGAGAACAGCGAGAGGAGACUGAGACAGCAGCAGAUGGAGAAAGACAACCAAAUUAAAGGAAUUAUUGACAGACUCAUGGCCGUGGAAGACGAGCUGAGGGGAGGGGUGGUGCCUGAGCACAAACCCAGGAUGUUCGCAGAACAGGAAAAGCAGCUUUCCGCCUUGGGUUCAGCAGACCCCGGUGUGAGUUUUGGCGGAGAAUUGACCAGCGCUCCUGGAGUUGUUGGAGUCUCCCAAUCGGACAAAUCCUCAACCCGAUUCCCCCUGAACGGAAUCUUGUCCUUCCAGUUAGCUUCCCCUCCUCAAUCCUGUCCUCUCGCACAACUCUGGCCGAACGGAGAACUUUCUGGCAACCAAAAAUCAGCAACGGCAUCGGGGGCAAGUUCGGAGGGGGAGCAGGUCAAUAAAAACGCUGACCAAAUCCGAGAACAUUUUUAGGAAUUCCGAAGAAAAGCUCAUGUUCUUUGUCAUCCGCAUUGAAGGAUGAAGCUUCAGCGGUUGUUUUAUUUUGUGCAUUAGACUGAGGACAAGUGGGAGGCAGGACACACCAUUACUUGCUCCAUCCAAAACAAAAGGGCUCUCCAUUGGAUCCAAUAUGUUAUUCCAAAAUCACAUUUUCUUUGGAUCAAAGUUAAAAGCCCCUUGCAUAUACAGUACCUCUGCCACCACAUCAAGUCAUCCAAACCACUGGAAAGUGCUCGGUUCAGGUUCCAGGUUUUUUGACUGAGCUCCCUCGUAUUGUGUAAAAAGAAGAAGAAGCUGGGAACAACCCCAGGAACGGUGGGCAAACAAACCACACGUACGUUUCGAAGUGUAUAGAGGAUUGACUGACGAACACAUGCCAGCUUUGUCUUGGGGAUUCUGUCAUGUCGUCUGGCUUCCCUAGUGCCUUUCUGUAUCUCCUGACAGGGUUUUCAAACGAACGCAAGAAUAACGACAGCAGAAUUACAGAAAUGGUCGUGCAAACGCCACUCUCUUCUCGAGAUUGCUCACUUAGGAGAGACUGAUGUGUUCUUUUGCCUCAAUGUAAUGCUGAAAAUGUCAAGCUUUGGAAUUCAACCGUGGCUCGGGUUUUUUGUGGACAAUGUUUGGAAAGUGCUUGUGGUCUUUGAAUUGCCAACUUGUGCAAUGUUUUCUCUUCUCAAUCUCAGAACCUAUGUGUAUUUAACUGGUGCUAUGGAUUCUCAAAGCAGUGCUCUGUGUCACAUCACCGCCUCCCAUUCUGUCAUCGUCCUAACUGUUCAUAUGUGUCUUUGUCCUCCCAUUUAUCUCCUUACAGGCCGAUUUCUUUCAGUGUGUGUCUGCAACAUGAGGUGAGCGCGAGGUGAUCUCUGUCAGGUCAAAAACCUUUUGUCUUUUUACUAAAUUAAGAUGUUAGGCCAGAAUGCAGUUGUGGUCGUAAAGUAUUUUUUAUACAGAAAUGUUUUUCUUAAAAUGGACGUGAUGUGAAGUGAGCUGAUAUUUUAAAUAAGCAUAACUUGUUUGUGUUUUUGGUCUUAAAGUCAACAUGAAAGUCAACUUUAAAGCAACCAAUUUUCCCUCCAAAACGUGACGUUUUUGAGUACAAUGGGAAGAAUAGACUUUAUUUUUUAAGUUUUAGGAAUUCAUUGGAUUGUAAAAAUGGGUGUUAUAUACUAGAAUGCAGUCUGGUAGCUAAGAAACAAAAGGGAUUUGUGAUGUUUUCUGAAAAGUAUUUUUUUAAAAGAUAAUGAAAACAACCCUGUUUUUUUAAUAGAAUAGCAUGAACCAAAUAAUCAUCAAUAAGACAACUACGAAUGUAAAAAUUAGACAAUGACUCGCAACAAAUAAUUAUUACAUUUGCAUUCAUGGAAUUGGCAGAUGCUUUUAUGCAAAUCAACUUACAUUUAUGGUUUACAUUUUAUCAGUUCACACGUUCUCUGGGACUCAAACCCACGACCUACUGUUUAAGCUCUGCUACAAAAUUGCGAAUUUUAAGUUAAAAGUAAACAGGGUCCGUUUUGUUUUCAUGUUGACUUUAAAGUUGCUCAAGCAUCUCUAAAGUAGUUUUCGGUGGUGUUGAAUGGUAAUUUUAGGGAAGAUCUUGUUAGAUAGACUUGGUUUGUAAAAUAAUCAGAUCUUAUGUACUGUACAGAAAUAUUGCUAGCUAUAAUUCCUCAUUUGAGUACCACUGCCAUCUGAUACUGAUUGUAUUCCUCAUCGUUCACUACCGUUUUUGUUUUAUUGUUUGUUUUACGAUUAAUCGGUUCAUUGUCAUGUUUCUACAGACUCAAGACAUUCACGUGGCUUCACUGAUACCAGUCUUCAUUUGUAACCCAAUUCAUUGUUGAUUGCCUUGUUGUCGCAUUGUAAAAUACUCACGUUCUGUAUGUAACACAGCUAAACCAAUACAGCUGGCCUAGAUGAGAGUGAGGAGAUUUAAGUCGUAACUGCACAAUAAAAACACUGAGCUGUACUGUAAUAUUUAUAGAUUGGGAAGGCACUAUAGAGGAGAAUGGACUGAUUGCCAUUUUAGCUUUUAAGAGUUUCGAGGGCUAUCUUUAAGUGACUUCUACACCAUUUAGUAAUAAUAAACAGGCAAUUUUGUUUAUGUCCCAAAAGCGGUUGAGAAAAAGUGGGAUAACAGGGUUAUCAGCUGAAAAAUGUGCCAUGACAUGAAUAUACCUCAGACGUAGAAUUGAAUGACUCAGGUAAACUUUCAAUUGCCUCACAGUUUAACGCAAACUGGAUAGAAAAAAAAAUCAUUUUAAGUUGAACUGCCUGUUUUGGCAGUUAGUCCAUUUCUUCUCUGAGAUUAGUAGCAGUGAUUGGUCAGCGGCUCAUCAAGCACCUCCUCUUUUCCCUGCAUCUCCAGCCAAUCACAAAGCUUCGUGAAGGACAAUCUGGAACCUAAUUGGAGGCCUCACCUUGGACAUUCUUCAGGUUGGCCAGGUUU